GAGGUUCAUCUAUUCCUUUAUUCCUUCUGUUGUUCGGCAGCCAUGCUCGGGUGUCUCCUGUGUGCCUGGCCUAGUGCUAAAGGAUAAUGAGGGGCCUGGACAAAACCCCCUUACGCCACAAAAGGAUGAUCAGCGGUGAACAGAUCUUACAAGUCAGCUCACCUUAUGACAGUCUCAGAUGCUAAUGGGAGUCUGCAUGGUGGUGGGACCGGGGGAACCCUAACCUAGGUAGGGGUUGGCUGCUCCAGGAGGGGCUAUGUCGCGAAGGCUGAGGCCAUGUGAGGGAUUUUGGAAGGACCCAGGUGAAGGAUCUCAUGUAGAUGUGUAUAUAUAUCAUUAUGAUAGGUCCAUCUCCAUUUUUUAUUUAGGUAUUUGUAGUCUUGUCUUGUUGCAAACAUUUCUAGUUCAAGGAACAUUCUUUUCCAUCUCCUUGCCCUUGAAUUAUGUGUGAGGUCAAAGGAUAAGUUGAUGGAAGUGGGAUGAAUGAAUUAAACGGCUGAUUAGCAUUUUAAAUGACCUGAUUUCACCUCAUCCAUUGGGAGAGUGGGUCUGGGAUUCUGGCUGCUAAGCCGGGCCAUGGCCCUCAAAAGUUGGGUGGGAAAACUCUUCAUUCUUCACCUCCAGACAAGGUUGUCCUGACCAGAGGUCUUUUCACAGGACGAGGGUGUCCCCCACCUGAAGACGGCAAGCCAGAUCCCGAUUCAUGCUGCUGAGCUGACAGCCCACAGCCCCACCAUUCCCCAUGGAGAAAGGACUCGCUUUACCCCAGGACUGCCGGGACUUUCUGCACAGCCUGAGGAUGAGGAGCAAAUAUGCUCUUUUCCUGGCUUUUGUGGUGGUGGUUUUUGUCUUCAUUGAAAAGGAAAAUAAAAUCAUAUCAAGGGUGUCAGACAAGCUGAAGCAGAUCCCGCAACCCCUGGCUGAUGCCAACAGCACUGACCCAGCCCUGAUCUUGGCCGACAAUGCGUCCCUCUUGUCCCUGAGUGAGCUCGAUUCGGCCUUCACCCAGCUGCAGGGCCGCCUCCGAAACCUCAGUCUGCAGCUGGGUGUAGAGCCGUUGGAAGAGGACGGGGCUGAGGCCCCGGUCGCAGCUGGGGACGAGGGGCCACCGCCCCCCCCGGGGGCCGGGCCUCGGCGCCACGUGCUGCUUAUGGCCACCACGCGCACCGGCUCCUCAUUCGUGGGUGAGUUCUUCAACCAGCAGGGCAACAUCUUCUACCUCUUCGAGCCGCUGUGGCACAUCGAGCGCACGGUGUCCUUCGAGUCUGGAGGCGCCAGUGCCGCGGGCUCGGCCCUGGUCUACCGCGAUGUGCUCAAGCAGCUGUUCCUGUGCGACCUGUACGUGCUGGAGCACUUCAUCAGCCCGCUGCCCGAGGACCACCUGACCCAGUUCAUGUUCCGCCGCGGCUCCAGCCGCUCGCUCUGCGAGGAGCCCGUGUGCACGCCCUUCGUCAAGAAGGUCUUCGAGAAGUACCACUGCAAGAACCGCCGCUGCGGGCCCCUCAACGUGACGCUGGCCGCCGAGGCCUGCCGCCGCAAGGAGCACAUGGCCCUCAAGGCCGUGCGCAUCCGGCAGCUGGAGUUCCUGCAGCCGCUGGCCGAGGACCCGCGGCUGGACCUGCGCGUCAUCCAGCUGGUGCGGGACCCGCGCGCCGUGCUGGCCUCCCGCAUGGUGGCCUUCGCGGGCAAGUACGAGGGCUGGAAGAAGUGGCUGGCGGAGGGGCAGGCGCGCCUGGGGGAGGAGGAGGUGCAGCGGCUGCGGGGCAACUGCGAGAGCAUCCGGCUGUCGGCCGAGCUGGGGCUGCGGCAGCCCGCCUGGCUGCGCGGCCGCUACAUGCUCGUGCGCUACGAGGACGUGGCGCGCUGGCCGCUGCAGAAGGCGCGUGAGAUGUACCGCUUCGCCGGCAUCCCCCUGACGCCGCAGGUGGAGGACUGGAUCCAGAGGAACACGCAGGCGGCGCAGGACGGCAACGGCAUCUACUCCACGCAGAAGAACUCCUCGGAGCAGUUCGAGAAGUGGCGCUUCGGCAUGCCCUUCAAGCUGGCGCAGGUGGUGCAGGCCGCCUGCGGCCCCGCCAUGCGCCUCUUCGGCUACCGGCUGGCGCGGGACGCCGCCUCGCUCACCAACCGCUCCUUCAGCCUGCUGGAGGAGCGCGGAACCUUCUGGGUCACGUAGGCGCCCCGGGCCCGCGCACGCGCACUCCCCUCCUUGGGAAAGACCCGCCCUUGCCUGCCUCGCUCCUACGGCGGCCAGCGGUGAGCUGGUGGCUUCCGUAGAGGGCGGCCGGCGGGUGGGCGGCCUCCAGCCGGGCAGGCAGCCUUUAUGGAGCAGUAGGCUCCCCCCGUGCCGCAGCCUGUGGCCUGGGGUCUCUCACCGAGAGCGGGACAGUGCCUGUCCCCGAGGGCCGCUAGGCCAGGACCUAAGGAGCUGCCGUCUCCUGAGUAGGCACCCAGGCCCAGAGCUAUUGACAACAAGCCUUUCUCUGUCUCUUGUCUCCCUCUCUCUCACACACAAAAUAUAAGAAACAUGCAUAAAUGCCUAUAGACCCUGUGGGCCAGAGUCCCAGUGUUGAUCUGGAAGGGGCUGUGGGCACAGACAAGUCGACAGCAGCCCUCCCGUUGUACUCAGCCUUCAAAGUUCAGUUUCUGGAUUUCUACACCAUCCAGUGUGGAAUCUGCAUGGAUCCCUGGGGUGGGACUGAAACAGCCCAGAACGUCAGGGGAUGGCAGUUGGGCUUUUCAACCAAGAACGAUUCGAUAUUUUCACAAAUGGAAGAGCUGUACCGGUUAUGAAAUCAG